AUGCAGACCCGAAUUAAAGGAAUCAAGAAAGAAGUCCUCAACGACACCUUCGGGCUUUUCUUCAUCCUGCUAAUCGUCGCUGGAUGGAAAACUAGACUAUGUUCAUUAAUUCUGAUCAUUUGGCUUGGCUGCCUCAACUUCUUCGUCAACGACUUCUGGAGUCAUGCAGACACGUCGAUGAUGUACGACUUCAAGCGCUACGAUUUCUUCCAGACAUUGAGUGUCAUUGGAGGGCUGAAAAUUUUAAUCGCGCUUGGACCUGGCCACUUCUCGCUGGACUAUGAGAAGAAAGGAAUUUAA